CAGAAAGUCUUAGCAAUCAUAUGAUACAACUGUCAAUUCUCUGUUGGUACACAAAAAUGGAAAACUUUGGAAUACUAUUCCGUUGUAACUGAUUUGACAAAUUAAUUAGAAGAUACUCACUACUAUAGAAUAGUACUCACUAGUAGUGCAGUUGUACAAUUUAAUCGGGGUUAAAAAAUAAGUAUGUUUGAAAGAAAAGUAAGAGAUAUAUGAUACUGUUUUUAUCAAGCACUAAUAUUGAGCGAAAUUUUUAUGGAAUGGCCGUUACAUUGAUUGCCUGGCGAACACUAAUUAUUCAUAACAAUUCGUGCAAGAUUUCAAAAGUAAAAGAGUUAUAUUCACGGUUAAAAUUUACCAUUGAUGUAUCUCGAAGCUUUGCUCUUAAUAGUAGAAACAAGGCAUCAUCUAGUCCGCAAAGAGAUUCUCUAGAUCUGACAUUUGAAAACACGAAAGAUGCUUUUAAGAGCAAGACAACCUGGGAGUUAAUUCGAGGACUGUUUGUGCUUAAAUUAAGCACUUAUGAUUAUUUAGUUGAAAAUCAUGAAAAGUUGAUGAUGCAAGGCAAGAAAAUUCUAGGACCUAAACUUUUUAAAAUCAUUAUGAGACAUACCUUCUAUGGUCACUUUGUAGCAGGAGAGGAUACAGAAGCUAUUAAACCAGUAUUAGAUCGACUGAGAUCAUUUGGUGUCAAAAGUAUUCUAGAUUAUAGUGCAGAAGAAGACAUGAGUGAAGAACAAGCCAAAGAAGCAAUGCACAGGGCUUCUCUUUCACAUCAGUCUGGAGACACGAAAAGUGGUAAAGAAAUUUCCUCAUUGGACUCCAUAUGUAUAUUUGAUUUAAAGAAAUAUAAACCAUACGAAGAAUUUGCUGAUCGUCGGAAAUAUUAUGCAAAAGCAAGAACAUAUUUUUACUUAAGUGAGGCUCAGUGUGAAAAGAACAUGGAAACAUUUUUAAAAUGUAUUGAUGCUGUAGCUGGCACAACUCAAUCUACAGGAUUUGCUGCAAUAAAGUUAACUGCUUUAGGCCGUCCACAAUUACUUAUGCAGUUAUCUGAAGUAAUUGCCAGAACUAGAUUAUAUUUCAAGGAAGUUACUGGGUCUAGUGAGCACAUGGCUGCUGAAAAUGUGACGCCCACUGUAAUUGCUAGUAAAUUAGAGUACCAUAAAAUAAAGACAGAUAAUGAGGAAGUUAAAAAAUGGCUUGAAAAUAUGGAUUAUGAUAGAAAAGGGUUAAUGAAUAUGUUUUCUUGGAGUGGUCUUGUUGAUUUAAAUUAUGUUAUGUCAGACCUAUUUAAAGUGCCUAAUUUGCAGAGUGGUAAAAUGGAGCGCCUUAUAGCAGCUUUAAGUGCUGAAGAAGAAGAAAUGUUCAAAAAUAUGAUGAGACGGCUGCACAAUAUUGCAAGAACUGCAAGAGAAAAAGAUGUUCGAGUCAUGAUUGAUGCUGAACAAUCUUAUUUUCAACCAGCAAUUAACAGAAUAACAAUGGAAAUGAUGAGAAAGUACAAUAAAAAGAAAGCGAUAAUCUUCAAUACAUACCAGUGUUAUUUAAAGGAUGCAUAUGACAGUGUUGUUUUGGACUUGGAACUAGCAAGAAGGCAGGGUUUUUACUUUGGUGCAAAACUUGUUCGUGGUGCUUACAUGGAGCAGGAGCGAAUUCGGGCUCGGGAAAUUGGGUAUGAAGAUCCUAUUAACCCAACAUAUGAAGCUACUUCUGAAAUGUAUCAUAAAACAUUGAGUGAAAUUUUACGGCAAAUUGAUAAUGACAUUCGAGCUGGGAAGGAGAAGAAAAUUGGUGUCAUGGUUGCAACUCACAACGAAAAUACCAUAAGAUUUGCUGUUGAAAAAAUGAAAGAGCUUGGUAUCCAGCCUGAUCAUAAAGUAGUUUGUUUUGGGCAAUUAUUUGGCAUGUGUGAUCAAGUCAGUUUUCUGCUUGGCCAAGCUGGAUAUUCUGUGUAUAAAUAUGUUCCAUAUGGGCCAAUUGAAGAAGUUUUGCCUUACUUAUCUCGCCGAGCCUUAGAGAAUCAUAGUCUUUUAAAAAAAGUUGAUAAAGAAAUAAGACUACUGAAAACAGAACUUAAGAGAAGAUUUUUGUGUGGCCAGUUAUUUUACAAACCAAGAGGAAAUUAUCUGCCCGUUUGAAGAUUAUUAUCUGAAGGUGAUGUGGUAUGUUUUUACUGCAUUUUUAGCAAGCAUCUAAAUGUUAUGUUUAUCAUACAAUACUUACUGAAGAGAAAUAUUUUAAUUUUUAAAAUCAAAGUAUGUAUAAUAGUAUCAUUCAUUAUUUUUUCACGCAUAUGACAGUAUUGAAUAUUUUUGCUUCCUAUUUCAUUAGUUCCUCAUAUUAUUAGUUGUACAUUUGUUGACUUUUUAAUUGUUUAUCUUUGUUACAGAUCUGCAUUCAUUAUAUGCAUAGUUUUCAUUUACAAAUACUAAAAACUGGAAUAAAACCAUGUGUUCUUUAAAUUUAUACUAGUUCUGAUUCUUCUGGGUUUCCCCCCACCCCCAAUAUUUUGUCUGUUAUGCGUGUUCUGCUGCUCCAUCUGUAUAUAACUGGAAGGAUUUUGCAACUAAGUUUUGGUAAAAGACAUGAUUUUUUAUGGGAAAGUAACUGCUAAUAUGAUUGCCAUUAAUUAGAUAUAACAAUAUUUAGUUGAUAGUAUAUUUUGUUAGAAUUCACUUACAAUUUAUAAAAUUGUUACAAAGUGAAAUUCAUUCUUAUGGAUGGGACUGAACUUAAAGGACUUUCGGACUUUCCUAAGCUUUGUAAUAAAUAGGAUAAUUCUUUUGAAGAAAAUGAGAUAUUUGUUCAGACUAAUUUGCUUUUUGUUACCAGAUGCUUUUAUGCAAUUGAUAAUAUCAUUUGCAAAUUGGUACUAAUUAUUGCAUAUAUGUACAGAGUAUUAAAACUACUAUAUUGAAAAUGCUUUUGUACUAAUAUACUAUGUUAUAAUGAUUUUACUUUUGAUGAAAUCAAAUAAAUCUUUAGUUCUUUUUUGUUUGUUUGUUAAGGUUAAAUUAAAUAUAGAACAUGAAACCUACGAGCCAAAUGUUUAAAGACACUGUUCAUGGGCUGAGACAGGAAUCUGCAUAAUGUGGAAGAGGUUUUUCAAUGUUGUAGCUGGUUGCUGCAGAUAUUGUUAUAUCAAGCUACAAGCUUUUAGGGAAAAACAAAGCUGUUUAUCUUAAAAAUAAAAUAGCAGCUCAAAGCUACUUUAAUAAUAAUCUCUUGCAGCUUGAAGAUUUUUCAAGUCUUGUGAUGGUAAAUAGUAGUAGUAGUUUUGAAGAUUUUUGGUUUCAAGAAAAGUUAUUUUAAAGGGAGGAAUUUUUGAAAUAGAAAAGUAAAAUUAUAUUUAAAAUUCUAAGGAUAUUAAAGGUGGUAAAAACUUUUCGCAGAAAUUUUAUUAUAAUAGAAAUUGCAGUUUUCCCCCCUUGUUUUUAAUGAGCAGCAACUUAAAGCUUUCAUUUUCAUCAAAAUGAAAAUUAAUUUCUCAGAGAAUGGGAACUGUGUUCCAGUAUUAUAAUAAAAUGUAUUAUUAUGUAAAAUAUGUAAAAUCUUUUGUAGUAUAUUUUUAUUUAUUAUGUUUUCUCUUAAUUUUAUGAAAAUAUUUCAAAGUGUAGCUGGUCUAUAUUGUAAUUUUAGUCUGUAAAAGAAAUAUACAAAUUUUGUUAUACUUUCUUACUGUUUUGAUCUUGUUAGAAGAAAUGUAUUUAUUUAAGUUGUUAGAUGUUAAAACGUGUGCAUUUAAAAUGAGGAAUUUGAGAAAAAGUAAAGGAAUUGCAAUAUAAUUGUUUAAAAGAUAUUAAGUUUUUGCAUUUAUAUUUUUUUAACCUCUUACGUUAUCAGCAUUUUGUAACCCCUUAACAAUUAUUUCAUAAAAAGUGUCCAAAAUUUCCACUUUUUUUUACUGUUGAAUUUUAAACUUUGUUAUGAAUACAUGGUUUUUGCAACAAGAAUUUAAUAAAUUAUACAUUUAAGGAAUAAUUAGAGAGUGUUAAAAAGUGUAUAUUAAAAUCCCGAGCAUAAGCAUUGCUUUUAAAAAAUAACACCACAUAGAAUAAAAUGUCUUAGGAGCAGAUAUUUUGUUUAAAAUAAUAAUUCCGUUCUUAUAAUGUUCUUUUUAAUUUUCGGUCUAUUUGGAGAUGCGAGGGGCAUCACUGCAGUCAAGUCUUUUUCCCGUGAUUGUAAAAACUAACAUCUCUAGAAUCACUUUUUUGACCUACUCUUGCUAUCAGAAAUGUCACUUUCUGACUGACUAAUGAAAAAAAAAAGCCAGUACAAUACAAUAGAACAUAGCGAGCGCAACAAGUCAAGGUUAGUAGACUGUUAGAACUACUAACCUUGACCACUUUAGAAUAAGUAAUUGUAAAACAGAUCAAAGUAGACUUCGUAUGCCAUCCUGUGGCCUCAUUUGUGACUAAUUCAAUACAACAAAUUUAUUCGGGGUUUAAAUUUAUACACAGGAUAUUGUCAAAAUACGUAAGUAUUCACAGGUUUUUAAGUUUAUGUCAAAAUUAAAAUCUUGAUUAUUCUCGGGUGUUAAGGGAAAUAAAGAAUUCAACAAAAUUUAUAUUUUACAAAUAUAAAUUAUUUAUGCAUAUAAUUUUUCCAUGUAAUUUUCUUUAUUUAUUUUAGUUUUUCAUUAUAUUGUCAUGUCAAUAUUGUCGUUUAAUUUAGGUGUUCAUAUUAUGUGUGUGUGAAUGGGAUUGUAUUUAAAUAUGCACAGGAUUUCUCUUUAUAUGUCUCUAAAAUAAUUUCUGCAAUUAAUAUUUUUUGAAAGUAGUUUGUUUGAUUAUGGCAAAGCACACAAGAGCUAUUUUGCCUAAGAUGAAGAAUAUAUUUCAUGGAAGACUUUCUAAGGAAAACUGGCUCAUAUACACGUUACAUAUAAGGAACACCACGAAGACGCCCAUGCAGCCACCCCAUUUGCCAGGAUUCGAACCCUGGAUCUAAUGACCAGCUGUCAGUGACUUUGCCACUCGGCUGCUGUUGGGCAUUUUUUGAGAAUGAAUGCUAAAUUGUUUCAAUGUAUGAAAAAUACUCUAGGUCAUGAAAAAGGUUGUUUUAUUAUUUUUUUUAUUCCAUGUAUUAAUUCAGAUUAUUAUUAAGACUAUCUGACAGCUAAAAUCCAAAUUAUCUUUAUUUUUAUGCUUCCUUUCUGCAUUAAAAGUUGACUGUUAUAGCAGGUGAAAUCAUUAAUACCUAAUAUAAAUCUCUAUAUAUUAUAUAUCCUCAGUUUUUACAGCGGUAUUAAAUACAAAUUAGUGACAGCAUUUUCAUAAAUAUAAUUGCUUUCAUCCAUUUUUCUUCAAAUUUUGAUAGCUAUCUAUGGUACUUUAUCAAUUUUAAAGUAAAUUUAUCAUUUAUAUAAUUUUUUGGAAAGAUAGUUGUUGAUAACUAGUUAUAUUCAUGAAAGGAAUAAUAAAUCAAUCGACUUUUUGAAAAUUUGUAAUAAAAUGGUUUAUUUUUUAUAUUAACAAACUGUAUUUCAGUCUCUUGCUAGAUAUAGAUAAUAAUCAAUGAUUAUAUACUGCAAAUGAAACUAUAACUAUGCUAAAUGUUUCAUAAGAUGCCAACACACCAAAAUUGGAAAAUCUGAAAUAUUUUUUGUUUUCAUUGAAAAAUAUUUUUUUUUUUUUUUCUCUUUUUCUUACUGUGCAACAUUAAAUUAAACACGAGAGAUGUAUUUUACAUGUUAACUAACUAUUUGUUUGUAUAUUGCAUAAUUAUUUUGCAUGUAAAUCCGAACUUUUUUGUUUUCUGAGGUUUUAAAAAUACUUUAUUUUUGAAUGCAUUUUUACUGAAAUAGCAGUUUUAAAGAAUUUCGGUUUUAGCAUUAAACUGGUUUUCUUUAGAGGAAAUGUAAUUCUACACUAACUCAAUACUUCUUAAUUUUCUAUUGGGUAUAGUGUUUAAAGAAAUAUGUUUCAGCAGUUGUUUUAAGUUACAUUAGUUAAUUGCAUAACAAUUAUUUUAAUUGUAGAUACUGCUGUGAUGUAUCAGAUUUUGUAAUAUUUUACACUGCAGUAAAUUAUAUCUAGUCAUGUAAAUGCAAGGUGUGCACAUCAACUUUAAUAUCCACCUUCCCUCUUAGUGUGUUUUAGCAUCUUUUUUGUUAAAAUUCUAGUCAUAUAUAAAUUGUAAAACAUAUUUAUUGGAAACUGUGAUAUAUUUAUUUAUAUAAACAUUUUUUCCUUUUGGUAUUUUUAUUGCAUUUUGAAAGUAUAUUAUGUUCAAUUUUAGUAAAAUUUAUGAUAUUUAUAUGUAUGCAGUUUUUGUAACUUGAAAAUUUAUUGAUGUAAUUCUUAAAUAAUUGGGGCUUUCAUUUUUAGUCUACAUUUUUUUAAUAAUUCUAAGUUUGAAAGAUACGUAUAUUAAAAAUCUCUGGUAAUUUUAGAAUUUUGAUGAAUGUGAUCAAAAUUUAUGUAUUAUUUAUUUUCAUGUUGUUAAUUUUGUGCAUUGUCCAAAUCGUUUUGCAUCAUCUGCCAGGUAGAACUUUACACUGCUAACUAGUGCCUGUAUCUUGUUACUAAAUAAAAGUUGUGUGUUAAAAAAA